UUAGCUAAAUUGAGAAUCUCUUAAUCGCACUCAAACAAGGAAGCUUCUUCAGAGCAAUGCGAUCGGUGUAGUAGCCUAAUUGGCGAUAUAGCCUACGGCUCUGCAGGCGAAAAGGUCAUGAUGGAAAUAGCGUCAAUGUAAUUUGAGAUCUGAAUGUAAAAUGGCUUUUGAUAUGACUGACAAAGUGAAUUAAGUCAAGCAGAAGGGAUCAUAGCUCGCAAGUUUAUGGACAACUGACGACUUGCCAUAACGUCAGGGAUACUCUCCACAAUCACUGCGGACACAUAGUGCGCAGUGAAAUUGGCUGACAGCCGCGCUUCCCGUUUUGACACUGGGUGAGCGCGCCUUGAAGAGUAGGCUAACAACAGUUGGGGCUACCUCCCAUUCUUCAUGUACACCUUCUUUAUUUGGGCCACACCCCACUUCUGGACUUCACCUGAAUCAACAGGUAGUUAACACCAGCCAUGUACAAGCGAAAGAACCGAGGCUCAGGCGAACUUUAAGUUUUAAACCAGUUAUAUUCUGUCUGAGAUUAUAAUGUCUGUUAAGUUUCUCAAGAAAAACAGAGGGAUGGACGAUUCAGAAGUCGACGGAGGAGAGAAGAAGGGAGGUGGAAUAACAAAAAACGAGAAAGACCAGAGUUGGCUCCCCAAAGUAAUCAAAAAGAGAUUGUGCACGACAUUUGUGGAAGAUACCUCCAGCAAUGGGCAGCAGUGCCAAUGUGGGGGACCCAGGAAGGAACAUCAGUCAGUUGCCCUGGGUGACUACUUCAGCACUGCCAUGGUUACCCACUGGAACUCAGCUCAGCAUUCCUCGGAAUCUGCCACGGAUGCCUUUGGAGAGGUGGAGUUUGACGGGGCCAGUAAGAGACACAGCUGCUACUUGCGUCUCUCCUCCGAAACCCAACCCUUAAUCGCCUACAACCUCAUGACGGCCCACUGGGGCCUAAGUUUGCCCAACCUGGUGGUGUCCGUGGUGGGCGGAGAGGGCAAGUCAAAGGUCCAGACGUGGGUGCGAGAGGUGCUGCGACAGGGACUCGUCAAGGCGUCCCAAGGCACAGGGGCAUGGAUCCUAACAGAAGGUUUGCGAGAGGGUGUUGGGCGUUGUGUUGGGGAGGCUGUCAGGGACCAUGCCACUGCUGCAGCCUCUGUCUCUCAAAAUAAGGUCGUUGCCAUAGGGAUUGCACCAUGGGGGCUGGUGCAUAAUCGGCAACAGCUAAUCAACCCUGAGGGCAGCUUCCCAGCAAAGUACCAUGCUGAAAACCAGUUCAGUGACUUAUGUUGCCUUGACAAGAACUACCAGGCCUUCUUGCUGGUGGAUGAUGGGAGUGCAGGCCGCCGAGGGGGUGAGGCUGGUUUCAGGGCCUGCCUGGAAGACUACAUAUCCCACCAGCGUACUGGGAUAUGGGGUAGUGGAACAAUCAAUAUUCCGGUUCUGUGUAUGCUAGUGUCUGGAGAGGUCAGCCUUAUGGAGAGAUUGGAUCUCUCUUUGAAAAAGGGCAUGCCCUGGUUGGUCCUGGUUGGCUCUGGUGGUGUGGCCAACCUGGUGGGUGACCUUCUGGAUAAUCCGUUGGUCUCGACCGGUGGUGGGGAGACUAAGAGCGAAGCGGGGUCCGGUGGAGACCUGAAAGAGAGGCUGGCAGAGCGAGUCAGGAAGCACCUCCCCUCUGAGACGGACACCGACAAACUCACUGAGAGAGCACUCCGCAUCUACCAGAACAGAGACCUGAUCUCCAUCUACAAUAGAGAUCAAGAGGGACCGGAUGACUUUGACACCGUGCUGCUCAGAGCUCUCGUCAAAGCUAGCAAACGCCGCACUUCGGCAGACUCAAGCCCUUACACCGAGGAGCUGAAGCUUGCUGUGACCUGGAACAGGGUGGACAUCGCCAGGAGUGAGCUGUUCAACGGAGACAUCCACUGGAAGUGUGGCGACUUAGAAGACUCCAUGACUGACGCACUAGUCAAUGACAAGCCAGAGUUUGUACGCCUCUUCACUGAGAAUGGCUUGAACAUCCUGGACUACCUGACCUAUGGGAAAUUGGAGAGCCUGUAUCGCACUGUUUCCGCUAGCUCCGUCGUCUACACCCUUCUCCAGCGCCACCUCAGUGAACGUAAAGCAGUGACGGGCACGGGCCUGAGCCCGGGCCUGGGCUCCUCAAACUCCCUCGAUGACCUGCUGGCGUCCUCCCCAAAGGAACUGGAAAUGAGCCGCCCGGUCAAGGAGGUCAGCCUCUUUGAGGUGUCUCGCGUCCUUGAAGAUUUGUUAGGGGAUGUGUGUCAGGGUUUUUACCAUGCCCUCUUAUCACUUGACAAAACGACCUCUAAGAGAAGAGCUUUUAAGAAAGUGUGUAAGUUCCUGCAGGGCCCGUGUGUGUACCGAAAACAGCGCUGCUUCUACCCCUGGGCUUCGCUCUUCAUCUGGGCCGUGCUUCAGAACCGCAGGGAGAUGGCCAUCUACUUCUGGGAGAUGACUGGAGAGUCUGUGCUUAGUGCCUUGUGUGGCUGUAAGCUCCUGAGGGAACUGUCCAGACUGGAGGUGGAGACAGAGACCAUAAAGUCCAUGAAGGAGCUGGCACAGAUGUUUGAGAACCUGGCGUAUGGUGUGUUCAGUAAGUGCUAUGAGAGCAGUGAGAGUCGCUCGUUCACGCUGCUCAUCAGGACGUCUCCGGUGUGGGGCGGGGCCACCUGUCUUCAGAUGGCCAUGGCAGCCGACGCUCGCUACUUCUUCAGUCACGACGGGGUGCAGUCCCUGUUGUCUCAGAUCUGGUGGGGGGACAUGGACAGAAGCACAGAGGUGUCGAAACUCAUCUUGACCUUUUUCAUCCCUCCUCUCUGCUACACCAGCCUCAUCUCCUUCAGGAAGCCGCAGGUGGCAGAGGAGUCAAAGACGGAGGCAGAAGCAGGAGGCUCCCGGACGAGAGACCAUCACAGCCUCUACGGAGAGACAGUCUUCUCCUACUCCGACAUCAAACACCUGAGUCCUGAAGAAGCAAAAGAGGACGAAGCUGAAGACCAUAUAAGGACAACCACCAAAGGUCCCUCACUGCCACCAAAGCGUCCUUUUGUGUUCUCGCGCUGGCGCCAAUUCUGGUACGCACCUGUGACAUCAUUCCUUGGCAACGUCCUGAUGUACUUCCUCUUCCUGUUCCUCUAUGCUUAUGUCUUAUUGGUGGACUUCAAGCCGCCACCUCCACGAGGCCCAGCAAUAUCUGAAUAUGUGCUAUACUUCUGGGUCUUCACAAUUGUCUGCGAGGAGAUUCGAGAGACAUUUUUGGUUGGCAGCCUGAGCCUUCGUCAGAGGUUAAGGCUGUAUUCACAGGAUGUAUGGAAUAUGUGUGACCUUGUGGCCAUCUUCCUCUUUGGGCUUGGCCUUUGCUGCAGGAUGUUCAAGCGGACAUAUGAGCUGGGCCGCGGUGCUCUGUGUCUGGACUACAUGGUGUUCACCAUCAGACUUAUUCACAUCUUUGCCUUUCAUCGGCAGCUCGGGCCAAAGAUCAUCAUCGUCGGCAAGAUGAUGAAGGACAUCUUCUUCUUCCUCUUCUUCCUGGCAGUGUGGAUUAUGGCGUAUGGAGUGGCCAACCAGGCGCUUCUGUACGCCUAUGACCCGCGUCCUGAUCGGAUAUUUCGCCGGGUGUUCUACAGGCCCUAUCUACAUAUAUUUGGACAGAUUCCUGUGGAGGAAGUCGAUACUGGAAAGCAGUGGGACAUGCCCUGCACUGAUAACAGGACACUGAUCGCCGAGGGGGCUGAGCCCUGUAGGGACAUCUAUGCUAACUGGCUAGUGGUCAUCCUGCUGGUGGUCUUCCUGCUGGUCACCAACAUUCUGCUCAUCAACCUGCUUAUUGCCAUGUUCAGCUACACGUUCUCGAAAGUCCAGGAACACAGCGACACCUACUGGAAGUUCCAGCGUUACAACCUGAUCGUGGAGUACCACACCCGACUCAUCUUCCUCUCUCACCUGCACCUCUUUGUCAAGAGAAAGAUCCGGAAGGUCCCCUCCAUGAAGAUCCACCAUUUUGCCCAGGAGCUGGAGGGAAAACCCGCAAACCGACUGAUGACGUGGGAGGGCAUUCAGAAGGAGAACUUCCUGUCCGACGAGAGCAAGAAGCAGAGGGCCAGCGAUUCUGAGAGGCUCAAGCGGAUGUCUGUCAAAGUGGAUGGUAUGAUCAAACAGAUGGCUGAGAUGAGGGAUGUGGAUCACAGGCUGCGAUCUCUGGAGUCACAGUUGGAGUUUUGCUCCAGUGCAAUGCAGUGGAUGAUGGAGGGUAUGACACAGAGUAAUAUGGUGAAGACCUCUUGCCCUCCGCCCACUCUCAGUGAAACACCGUCAUCCUCUCAAGUGUCAAGUUGAUUUACAUUUUUUUCAUAAAGUUUUUAUCAUACACACACACACACACACAC